AGAAACCUAUCAUUCCACCAACACCUUUUAAAGAAGGAAGCAGUGAGGAAACACCAGCAUAUCUCAAGGACUCGGCCUAUUUUUGUUAUUUUAAAAACUUUCCAUGUUUAAUUCAAUCUCCUAGAUUUUUUUAUAUAUGGCAAUCAGGUUUUUGUGUAUCAUGUAUUAGUUUUCGAAUCUUUUCAUAUCUCUCCCUUCUGCACCAUAUGCAGCUCCCAGUUCGAAUCGCAGAAGGUAAUAUUUGAUUCUUGAGGUCUACUCAUAGAUUUGCUCGAGUAUCUGUCAACACUUCACCUUCAUUCUCUCCAUUAUCAUAUAUAGUCCAUUAAAAUAAAACUGGGAAUCCCAGUAAGAGAACGAAAAACGUGUUUUGACCAUAUCUCUUCAAAUCCUUGAAAUUCACCUUAGGCUAUAUCGAUUCGUGUUAGAACUUUUUAAGUUGAUUUUAAUAAAUGGAUACCAAAGAGGGUGUUUUGAUGCAACGUUACGAGUUAGGGAAGAUGAUUGGACAUGGGAAUUUUGCAAAAGUCUACCAUGGAAGGAACCUUGAAACCGGAAUGAGUGUUGCAAUUAAGAUCAUAGAUAAAUCAAAGGUAAUGAAAGCCGGAAUGAUGACACAAAUAAAGAGAGAGAUCUCUGCGAUGAAAUUAGUCAAACACCCGCAUAUAGUACAGCUCCACGAAGUCAUGGCUAGCAAAACCAAGAUUUACUUCGUUUUAGAAUACGCUAAAGGAGGUGAGCUCUUUGAUAAGCUGAUUAAAAGGAAGCUGAAAGAAGACGCUGCAAGAAAAUACUUUCAGCAGCUCAUCAGUGCCAUUGGUUUCUGCCAUAGCCGGGGAGUUUACCAUCGGGAUUUGAAACCUGAGAAUUUGUUAUUAGAUGAUGAAGGGAAUUUGAAGGUUUCAGAUUUCGGUUUGAGUGCUUUGGAUGAAACAAGGAGGCAAGAUGGUUUGCUUCAUACAAGUUGUGGUACCCCUUCGUAUGUUGCUCCUGAAGUGAUUGACCAGAAAGGGUAUGAUGGGGAAAAAUCGGAUAUUUGGUCUUGUGGGGUGGUCUUGUUUGUGCUUUUGGCUGGUUUUCUUCCAUUUCAUGAUUCUAACCUCAUGGAGAUGUAUAGAAAGAUCACAAUGGGAAAAUUCAAGUUUCCAAAUUCGUUCCCUAAUGAAGCAAAAAGUUUAGUGACAAAGAUCUUGGAUCCAAACCCUGAAACCAGGGUUUCCAUUGCCGAAAUAUUGGAAACCCCGUGGUUUAAAACUGGUUUGGUUUCUGAACCACAAAAAACCGACAAAAUGGUUUCUGACAGUUUAGAAAACCGGUCUAGUUCAUUUAAGGGCUCUCCUGUAGAGAAACCCAACGAUUCCACAUAUCUAACAGAAGGAACAUCAGACAGUUUGGAAAAAGAUGAUAACUUAAACGCGUUUGAUAUCAUUUCAUUGUCAAGAGGAGUCAACUUGUCGGGAUUGUUCUACCGCAAUGCUAAAGAUGAGAAAGAAGUGAGGUUCAUGUCAGGACAGACACGUGGGACUAUAAUUUUGAAGUUGGAAGACAUAGCCAAGAGUUGGAAGUUAAAAGUGAUGAAAAACAAGGGAGUGUUGUUAAAAAUGGAAGCAUUAGAAGAAGGCAUAAAUGGUGGUUUAGCCUUUGAUUGUGAAAUACACGAGAUUACAGCUAAUCUUCACAUCAUUGAGGUAAAUCGAUUGGGAGAUGAUAGGUUCGGGUUUUGGGAGAUUGUAAACCGGCAUAUAAAACCGGCCCUUAAUGGUGUUUUAUAGCAAAGAUAAAAUUUAUGGAGUUAUAGUUGUUGGUUGAUAAAAGGUUGAAUUAACAAAGAGUACUUCAUUUUUGUAUCCAUUUUUUCUGAUUUAUGGGAUACUAAUUAAUUCAA